AAAAGAAAAAUAACACGUGGUGUUUAACACAUAUCGUGAACUGCAAUAAUAAUAAUGUAUAUUAUUACAGAUACUAAUUUUUUAUCAAAAAAUUUUGUUAUUCAUACAUUUUACGACGAAAGGACUUGUUUUUGCUGGAAUCAAGAUAAACUUAUAAUAUUUCCAUAUACAAAUAAUGAGUACGUAUCUGUUAAAGUAUUAACAGCUCCAGCUCCAAUAAAAACUAUACAAUGUUUUACUGGCCGAAUUUUUUUAAUUUGCAUUCCACACGGCGUUUACAAACUUUCAAGGGACCGAGAAUUUGCUGUUCUAAGUAAAAAUGCAAUUGGAAUGGGUACUGUUUUUCAUGAAGUAUUGAUACCUAGAAAUGAGUAUCUUUAUUUAGAUAAUAAGCGAGAAAUGACAAAUAAACUGCUAUUUAAGCUUUCUUCUCAAGAAACUAAUCCCAGUCAACUUUAUGUUUAUUCAUUAAAUGCGGAUGGCGUUGUGGAAUAUUUUAUGAAAACUUUAACAAAUAAUGAUUCUACUGUAAAAAAUUUAUGCAUAAUUGCAGAUGGACUAAAACUUUUAAUGCUAAUCAAUGAAAAUGUAAAAAUAAUGCAUAGCAGUAUUUAUUCCAUUAGUAAUAUAAUACCUGUACGAAAGAGUUCCAAAAUUGCAGCAUUACUUCUUACUACAAAUACAAAUAUUAUUUUAAUGCAUUCAAAAGAUAAUGUGCUUGUUUUUGAAACAAUUUAUAUAAAAACACAGAUACAAGCCAUUUGCGCUGGUUUUAGCCAAUCCCUAGAAGAUAUAUUAUGGAUUGUUUAUUCACAUGAAUCUAAAUUACAUUAUGUAAAGAAGCAAUUACUAAUUGAUAAUAUUUAUCAAGUAAAAGUUGAAGAUAAAAGCUUUGUUUGUUUACAAUCAUAUGACUCUAAUAUAAUCUUAGGUUUGACAGAAGAUAAUCAGUUAGUAGAGUUUCCUAUAAGUACAGUAGAAAGAACAUUGUCAACGGAAAACAAUACUUUUAUUAAUCUUCACUCCAGUAUGUUAGAUGGUGUGUCACUUAUAAUGGAUAAGAUUUAUAAAGGUACUCAAGAAUUACAAACUUUAAAUGAAAUAUUAACAGCAGAAAAGGAUAAAUUAAGAAGAAUAAAUUUAUAUGCACAUAAAGACAAGAUACAGUUAUGCCCAAAAAUGAUGAUAAAUUACAUAGCAAAUCGGAUAUUUUUAUCAGCAAAUUUUCACGAUGUCCUGCCAAAAAAUAGUUGGGUCGUCCUUAAUGUAAAAUUGGGAUAUCAAAAUCUGUUUUGUAUGAAGAAAAUAGUAGGUCGGGAGACUAUAGCUGAUAUUUAUAUACCUGAAAAUUCAAUGGCAGAUACAUCACAAAUUGCAAUAGAUUUAAUAGCUUUUAGAGAUAAAAAAUAUCCUUGGUGUCUAAUAAGAAAUUAUGUAAUCAGUGAUUAUUUGGAAAGAAGAAAGAAGAAAAAGAGAUUGAAUGUCGAUUUUAUAAAUUCUAAAAUUGCCAUACUUAAAACUUGUAUACAAGAAGGAAACAUUAAUAUGAAAAAAUUAUCUGAAGUUAAGAAAAGUCUAAGAAAAGAACUUAGUGAUAUAUAAAUUUUAACAACAUACAAACGAACGGAUUUUUUUUAAAUUUGAUAUUUACGUUAUAUUUUUAUAAUAUAAAUUUAUAUAAGAAAUAGGAGUUGAAUAUAUAGGAAUCCAACAAAAAAAAUCGAAUGCAUUUGAAAACAAAACUGUAUCUUUAUUUUGCGGAUAUAAUAAUAUGUUGAUAAAUAUCUGACUCUUUUUUUGGAUACACAUUUUUAUCGACAUGCUUUUUAUCAAUUCUAUAAUUAUACAAUAUAGAUUAUACAAUGUUGCUGAAACUAUGUGCAAUGUGCAGUUCCCUGCUAUACACCAAUACAGAGCAUUUUGGUUUAGUAUUAAUGUGUAUGCCUUUUUUUGGAUAAUAUUUUGAUUUAUCAAGGAAUAAUGUGCAGAAAGAGAUAACUGAAUAUCUUUUUCUGCAUCAUGAUUUUGGCAAAAUUUUGCUAUUGAUGUGAGCAAUAUACACUUAUUUUUAUUUAUAGGCACACUAUUACAUAAUGUUAAUCGACUAAAAGUCAGUUUACAAAUAUAACACACAUAAAUAGUUGUUAUUUUUUAAUUUUUCUUUCACAUGCUUCACUAAUAUUUAUAUCUUCACUUAGUAAGAUACAAUUUCUGUUGUGAAAAUAACAUAAAAUUGUUAUGGGUAUAAACUCACAGUUAGUGAUAUCUAUAAUUUCUAUAAAAUACUGUAAAUAUAAAUAAAUUUCAAUAAGUACUUUAAAUUGCUGUUAAUAGAAUGCAUAAUGACUAAAUGGAUUGUAAAAAUAUUGUCUGUAAUAUUCAUCGAAAAUUAAAAAUAAAUUGGGAAUAAAGAACUAAGCAAUAAAGAAAAAAAACAAUAAAAGAACAAUAAAU